UAAAUCGCCGCUUCUUCUUCCUCCGGUAAUCCUCUCCCCUUCCUUCCUUGCUCCCUCCUCUCUCCUCUCCUCCGUCUCCUCCUCCGCGCCAUCCGUCCAAUCCGCCCAAAAUUACCCCUCCAAUCGCCCCGCAAAUGCUCCGCGAUCGCCCGCGCGUUGCCCAGUCCGCCGCGCCAUUAGCGCCCGCCAUUUUUGUCGUUGGGGGAGGAUUGAUUGGUUGAUCGAUUGAUUUCCAAAGGAGGCAGCUUUUUGCUUGUUGUUGUAGGGUAAUUAGGGAUAGCGGUAGGAGGAGGCCAUGGUGGACGAGUACCACCACCGGAUGGGCUCCGCGGCCGGCAGGCGCGCACCGAUGUCAUCACUCGGAUGUCCCGGGAGCGUCAGCGCGAGCUGCAGGGGCUAUCGGGGUACCACAUUGUGUCACAGUUCCCCCAGCGCAGCCGCAGCCGCAUUCAGGGAUUGCUUAGGGUAAGGUUCUUGAGGAACGCGGUGGCUCCAGCUGAAGAGGAGCGACAGCCAUCUGUGGCGGCGAGGGAGCUCGGGCAGUUGAGGCAGAGCCAUCGUGUGUCCACCUUAAGAUCAGAGAGUGCUGUAAGUAGUCAAGAUGUUAGCCUGUCUGAUGCUCCUGUUGCAGAAAAUGUUGCAUUACUUGGUAAUGAUGAAACUGAACAGGCAGCUGCUGUCGGGCACCUUACUGGUAGUGAGGAUGUGGCCCAAACUACACCCGAGAAUGUGGGUUUACAGGAGGAUAACGUAGAUGUUGCUGAGGCGGAGUCACCGGCUACAACAUCGGGUGACAUAGUUGAUAUGCAAGUGUCUCAAGUUGAUAAUGGGCUGCAAGAUGAGACAGAACGUGAGACAAUAUUUUGGCAGCCAUCUUUGGAUGUCAGGCUUGAUAGGUGGCCCAAUGAAACCGCAGAAAAUUCUGACAGAAAUUGGGAAGAUAAUGCAGAGGAGUUACACAGCGAAAUCGUGGAGGAUGAUGACAGGGAGAAUGAAAAUCUCCAAGAUGAGCAUGAUGUGUGGCACGAUGACGAAUCUCAUGGCACCGAGGAGAACUGGCAAGAUGACUUCCAUGAUGCUGCACUUGACACAGGGCCCAUUCCUAGAAUUGAAAACAGCUUCAACCUACGUGAUGAAGCCAAUUUGCACAACAUGGAACUGAGGGAAUUACUUAGCAGGCGAAGUGUAUCCAAUCUUCUCAGUAAUGGUUUUGGUGACAGUUUGGAGCAAUUAAUAAGGUCAUAUGUUCAACGACGUGGUCAUGCCCCACUCAACUGGAAUCUCGAUACAGCCAUGCCCACAGCGAAUGCACCAAACGGAAACCAGGAACUAGUAAGAAAUGCUGAAAAUCGACAAUUCCAAGGUCCUGUCAACAGACCUGCCCUUGUUAUCCCUCCGCCACCUUUGCCACCGCGGCAGCCACUGUGGCACAGAGAUUUGCGCCAUAACACCUGGAGCAGUAGACACAGAGUACAUCAGGAAUUGGACGCCAUUAAUGAUUUGAAAGCCGACAUGAAUAAACUUCAACAAGGGAUGAGCAGCAUGCAAAGGAUGCUGGAGGCGUGCAUGGACAUGCAACUGGAGUUGCAACGUUCAGUGAGACAAGAAGUGUCUGCAGCCUUGAGUAGAUUCCCGGGACCUGAAGGCAUGUUUCUGGAUCUACACGAUGACGGAACAAGAUGGGACCAGGUGAGGAAAGGAACUUGCUGCGUAUGCUGCGACACACAAAUCGAUUCUCUACUCUACAGAUGUGGGCACAUGUGCACGUGCUCGAAAUGCGCGAACGAGCUGGUGCGUAGCGGCGGCAAGUGCCCGCUGUGCCGGGCGCCGAUUGUGGAGGUUGUCCGGGCAUACGCGGUGCUGUAAAUUAUACAACGACAGUCGGAAGUUUUGGCGCGGGAGGCUUGGUCGGGAGGAAAAGAGAGAAGCAAGACCCCUGUUUCUUCUUCAUCUUACUGUUUGUUUUCCUUAGCUUUUCUGUGUCUCCCCAUGUAGCCUUCCUGUGUACCAUCUUACAGGAUUUACAUUACAUACAUAUAUAUCAGCCGCCCGCCGCCGUGCGCACGGCGGCGAUGGGCGGUGCGUGCGUGCGUUGCGUCGUGUUAUUGAUUGGUGAAAGAGUUUACCAUGGGUAGUAAUAGUUGUUAGUAGUAGCAGCAGCAGGGAAAGGGACCCAACCCAGUGUAAAAGUUCUUUCGCUGUAUUUAUGCCCCCCUCUCACCACAGCACAAGAUGAGUUGAGAUGAGAUACUCCCAACCCAAAUGAUAUAAUAGAUUCUUCUUGUUAACUUCAUCCA